UCUGUUAUUCGCCAAUGAAUGACAGCAGGAACCUCUGUCUAUAGUAAACCAUGGCGGAGUUACUGCUGGAUUCGGAUAUAAGAAUAUGGGUGUUUUUACCCAUCGUGCUGAUCACAUUUCUGUGCGGAAUAGUCAGACAUUAUGUUAGUGUUCUUAUAUCGACUCAAAAGAAAGUAGAUCUGCAGCAGGUGCAAGACAGCCAAGCCAUGAUAAGAGCAAGAAUGUUGCGUGAGAAUGGAAAGUACCUCCCAAAGCAGUCUUUUCUGAUGAGAAGACACUUUUUCAAUAAUGAAGAAUCGGGAUACCUGAAAAAUGUGAAAAGACCAGCAGCACCACAGCCUAUGACUGACCCCAACAUGAUGGUAGAAAUGCUGAAAGGACAGCUGACAAAUGUUGUGCCUAUGAUUGCCAUUGGUGGCUGGAUUAACUGGACUUUUUCUGGGUUUGUGACCACAAAGGUGCCAUUCCCACUCACUCUGCGAUUCAAGCCCAUGUUACAAAGAGGAAUUGAGCUAGUGUCCCUGGAUGCAUCAUGGGUGUCGUCAGCUUCGUGGUAUUUCCUGAAUGUAUUUGGACUGAGGUCAAUCUAUACCCUUGUACUUGGAGAAAAUAAUGCGGCUGAUCAGGCCCGUAUCAUGGAAGAGCAGAUGUCAGGAGCUGCCAUGAACAUGCCUCAAGAUCCUAAAGCUGCUUUUAAAGCCGAGUGGGAAGCUUUAGAAAUAGCUGAACAUAAGUGGGCUUUGAAAGAUGUGGAAAGUGACAUCCUUCAAAAGGCAGAAGUUGAUCUUCUGUUUGAUCUUCAGUCUUAUUCAAAUGCAUCUUGAGCUAAAAUUUCUUCCCACAAGAUUUCCAAUGUAACUAAGAAAGUGGGAGUAAUAAGGUAUCGGUAACAUAAGUCCCAUUUUACUUCUUUCAAGUUAUAACAAAAUUCUAUAUGUAACUUUUUUUUUUAUUUAUUUAUUGAAACAGCCAUAUUCUUUCAUCUCAGGUUUGUUGAAUGGAUAUUCUUCCUGAUGGGAAGAAGUUAUUGUAAUUGUCAUCUCUUUCAAACUGACUUGAGUUCUUUGUGUUAUUUCUAAAGUAUUACUCUAAAAUGCAGGUCAUAUCAUUCUGGUGUCGACACAAUUGGUUCUUAUUCAUUCGAUAAUUCUUUUCUUUUUUAGUGACAUAGACAGUUUCAGUUUGGACAAGCAACCUUACGUGUUUUUGCUUAAAGUGUGCCAAGUGGACACUUAGUCCUUGGUCUCAAAGUGUGCCAAGUGGACACUUAGCUCCUUUGUCUCAUAUUGUUGUUUUUGAUAGGAUUUUUCAUAGUAUGAUUGAAGGAUCUGCAUUCCUUGGGGAAUGGAAAACACAGCUUACAAAUUGUAUAAUGAGUUGAUAGCGUAUUUUUUGUAUGAAUGACUUUACAGGAUAGCUAUCACAUUUUAAGUCUCUUGGUUUUUAGUAUUGUUAUAUCAUUGCUUAGGACAAGAUAAGCCCCAUUUAAAUAUAGGCUGAUUAAGAUAUAGAAUUUAAAAUUACUUAUGAAAGUAUUUGCAGUAAUGGGUCAAAAUAUGAACAUUACUUUGGGAGUUUUUCAAGUUAUUCCUUUGUACUUUUGUUUCUUUUGCAGUUUGUUGUAAAGUUGAUAAGAUUGUCUAGAAUUUAUUUACAGCUUCCAAGUAUGAAUGUCUGGAUAUGAAUGUUAUAGAUAUUGAAAAACAAUUAAAAGAAACUAGGAAUUUCAAAGGUAGUUGUGAGAUUAUCAAAUAUUAGUGCUCUUUUAUCAUCAGGCUCUGAAAGUAAGAUUUUGCUUAGCCAAGAACUUUACUCAUAAGUGAAAUUCCCUAAAAGAACAGCAUUUUAUGUAAAAUAUUCUGUUACACUAAAUCAAAUAAAUGUUGUACAGUAUUUAAAAAA